CUGGGCGGGCGGCGGGGCGGCGUCAGCGCGGGGCGGGAGCGCGCCGCCGGGCACGCGCGUCAGCCGCCGGGGAGCCCAGCCUGGGAUCGCCGCGCUCCCGUGAGCCGCCCCCGUCCCCCCCUCCGCAGCGGGAGGGCUGGGGACUGAGGCGCCGAGGCUGCAAGGGGAGGCCGGCGAGAGCCGGGGCAGAGCUUCACAGGCCGGGGGCGGGAGGGGUGGAGUGAGCGGCGCCCCCCCCCCCUCCCGGGGCUCCCCAGACCCGGGGAGGGAGAGGGCCCCAGGGCUUCCCACAUCGAGGGGUGGGGGGAACUGAGGGGAGGACCCCAGGGCUUCCCACAUCUGCGGGGGGACCCCCCCAGGGCUUCCCAGUACCAAGUGGGGCCUGGUGCUGGAGCGCUGCUGAAGGGGAGCCCGAACCCCAGGCGCAGGGAUGAUCUAUGCGGGAGGGUACGGUGGGGCUCCUGCGAGGAUAUGGUUUCAGGGGGGACCGGGGUGUAUUUAUCACUAGGGGGAGUUUGUGGGUGAGAAGAGCUGCAGGCUAGAGUCGGUUACAGCCCUUGAAAUCCCCAGUCCUUCACCCUCUGCCCCCUUCCCUGUGCAAAGGAGGGACCUGCCAUCCCCCUUUAGGCCGCCCGCCCUGCAGGGAAUGGGAAAUGGUUGUUAAAAGUUCAGGAUUAUCAUGAAAGGGUAUGGGAGUUGGUUUUGUGGUUGGUUUUUUUAUGGUGUGAGGGGAGAAACUGAGCAAAGCAGAGUGGAAUGAUUAAUUGCUGUGGAAGAAAAGCAUAAUAUUAGAGAAUUUUGUUUCAAAAAUUAGUAAUAGAGCUAAAGGUGUUACUUCUUUGGAGGGAAAAAACUAAGCAAUGGUUAGUCUCUCUCUCUCUCUCUCUCUCUCUCUCGCCUUCAAAAAAAAAACAACAACAAAAUGACCAAAGAAGUAUUUAGAGAAAAAAAACACUGAGACUUUCACAGCUAUCCCCAUUUUAAGUGCACUUACGCAGUAAUUAGGAGAUUUACAGGCUUUAUUUUGUUGCUACUACUACUCAACCCUUCAAGGAUGAUGUUGGCAGAGCAAGCCCAGAAGUGGUUCCCAACCCACGUGCAGGUUACAGUUCUUCAAGCCAAAGAUCUGAAGCCAAAAGGCAAAAAUGGCACCAACGAUACCUACGCUAUUAUACAACUAGGCAAGGAAAAAUACUCCACCUCGGUAGCUGAGAAGACCCUAGAGCCAGUCUGGAAAGAAGAGGCCUCAUUUGAGCUCCCUGGAUUAUUGAUGAAGGGGAAUCCAGAGAAAUACAUCCUCUACCUGAUUGUCAUGCACAGGUCGCUGGUGGGGCUGGAUAAGUUUUUGGGACAGGUGGCAAUAAAUCUAAAUGAUAUAUUUGAGGACAAGCAACGAAGAAAAACAGAAUGGUUUAGCCUAGAGUCCAAACAAGGGAAAAGAACUAAAGACAGAGGAGAAAUAAAGGUCAAUAUUCAGUUUAUGAGGAAUAAUAUGACAGCAAGCAUGUUUGAUCUGUCAAUGAAGGACAAAACAAAAUCCCCCUUUGCUAAACUGAAAGACAAAAUGAAGGGUCGAAAGAAUGAUGGGACGCUUUCGGAUACAUCCUCUGCAAUCAUUCUGAAUACUCACAUACCUGAUACGAACAUUGACAUCUCCAGUAAUGAAAUACAAAUAAAAUCAAAACCAAAAAAACCUUUCCUUUUGGGACCUCAGCGAUUAUCUUCAGCUCAUUCAAUGUCUGAUUUAACUGGAUCACAUGUGUCUUCAGAAAAAAUGAAAUCCAGCACAAUUGGCCAUACGCACUUUUUCAGAAGUCAGUUAGAAUCUUUCAGUUCUGUUGAUGAAAGUGGAAGUCAAAAAUCUCCACAUAGGAGGACAUUAAGUGCUGAUACUUCUAAAAUGAACCAGCUUGACAACACAGCUGAUGAAAGUGAAUCAGCAUCUAAAGCACAAAAUGACCCCUUUACAAAUGUGAGUGCUUCAUUGCCCCAAAAGUUCGCUACGCUGCCAAGACAGAAAAAUCCAUUUGAAGAAAGCCCUGCAUCAUGGGACCAAAACAUAAGUCUGUUUUCCAAGCCUGUUGAAAUCAAAAAAGAAAUUAAAAAAGAGAAAAAAGAGAAAGUUAGCCUUUUUGAAAGAGUGACUGGAAAAAAAGAUAGCAAGAAGUUGGAUAAACUUAGCAAUGGGGGAUCAGACAGUUCCACUGACUUGAAAUCCCCUAGUGCAUUUGGUGCAAGUCAUGAGAGUUUUGAUUAUGAUUCACGUAAUCCGUUUACAACCAACUUCAAGCCCACAAGCAUGUUGCCUACAUCUAGUUUUACUAUGAAUCCUGCAAGCAUUGAAGACCUCAGGAAAACAAGGGAUGGAAAUCCUUUUGAUGCCAUUGCAGGGUACCGUAAUCUUACAUAUGAAGAGGUCUUGCAGGAGCUGGUGAAACAUAAAGAGCAACUUAGGAAGAAAGACACCCAUAUCCGUGAACUUGAGGACUACAUUGACAAUCUUCUUGUACGAGUAAUGGAGGAAACACCUAGUAUUCUCAGAGUGCCAUAUGAACCUUCUCGAAGAGCUGGCAAAUUUUCCAAAAGUUAAAGCAAUAACACUUCAUGGUUCUUUUUAUUGAAUGUGUUAAUGGAAGGACAUUGCACUACACAUUUUGAUUUCUUAAUUUUGUUCUAUUGUCCACUCCUUUCCCAUUCUGAGAGAUUCAGGGUUUUGUCCUCCAAAUGCUAGCAGGGACCAUUGAAACUAGUAGUGUGCUAUGUUUAUUAAAGAACUUUGAAAAAACAAAUAGGAGAUAUAGUAGAUGAAUUUCUCACGUUCUUUUUUGGAAAUUACAUUUAGCUAUAUUUUACUUGCAGUACUGUAAAUAAUACACCUUGAAAAUGUCUGUUCAGUUGUUUUACAGGAUAACUUACUCCUAGCCCUAUUGCGGUUUGAUACCAUAUGUCUACUUUUACUACUUAUUGAUGCACUAUUAUGCAAAGUCACUCUUUUUGGUAUUACAGCAUUCCAUCACGAGUGUCAUGCUAAAGUCUGUAUGGUACGUUUUGCCGGAUGUGAAUAUGGAUUGUUGCAAUGUGAUAUUUCAAUAUAGUUAAUUCUCAGCAUUUAUUAGAGAGAAACAGUGGAAACAAAGAGGAAAUGCCAUAUCCUGUACAGUACACUUUAAGAAUGUUUUAAAAUGUCAUGUCAGUUCAACAAUAGCAUGUAUUUCAAUCAGUUAUUUUCACACUUAAAUUCUAGAUUUUGUGUACAAUGAACAUUGAACUUUGAAAUCAGUAAGUUAAAAGCUAAUUACGAUAUGGGUUUUUGUUGUAAAGUUAUUGCAUGCCUUUUUAUACAUUAAAAUAGUGUAAACAAAAUGCUAAUCGAGUCAGAAGUAGGACUGAAGAAAGUGGUGGAUAAAGAGGUUAAUACUUUUUUCACUCAAAUCCUACAGCAGAAAAAAAAAGUUUAGAAGGAGAAAUAAGAAGACUGACUUAGAGAUAUGAUUCUGAAGAACUAAAGUGACUCAAUCUCAGGUUGGGUUUUUCAUGUGAUGCAUCUUUCCUUUGAUUUCCAAGGCUGCUAGGAAAAGGGUGUAUGCUUAGGCAUGCCUGAAGUAUUUCUCAUAAAGACUUGAAACUAAAAAGAGGAGGUCUGUAUUCCUUUUCAACCAUUUUAAAGGUCUGCUUUUACUAAGGAUGAUGGAAAAGGUAUUUGAAUAAGCAUGCAUCUAAUCAUUUAUAUUUGCAUAUAACAUGGUGUACAAAAGUGUGUGCUGUUUCACACAUCAACCAAAUACAGUAAUCAACUUCUAAUGGGAAACAAUGGUGUAAGGAAAAAAAAACUUUACUAUACUAAUAUCCACUAAAUUAUUUUAUUUUAAUUGCCUUGUAAGUCUUAAAUGGGUUGUCUGUUACUGUGAAAUUCUGAAGUGCAUCAGAACCUAUGCAGGAGAAUAACAUUGGAUUUAAGAAGUUAAAAUUCUUGGUUUUGAAAGAAAAUUUUAUGUCCAUGGUGGCAGGAUUGUUUGUUUUUUGUUUUCUCCAUUUGUUCUUGUAAACUGCUUAUUUUUCUGACACUGGCAUGUGGUGGGCUUUUCUGAGGAGGGAAAAAGCCUAAAAAUAACUUCUGAUUUUUGUUGUUGUUUUAAAGAAUAAGACUUUUUUUUUCAUGUUUAAGAC